UAAGAGUACUUCACUCUUUUCACUUCAUCUCCACCCCACCCACCCCCCAAAACCCCAUCUGUUCUAAAAAUCUUGCUUACCAUCACUAACCAAAAACAAAAGAAAAACCCUUUCUUUUUCAUCUUCUUCAACCAUUCCUGGAUCUGAAAAAAUAUAUUUUAUUUCUUCAAGGGUGGGGGUUUAUUAUUUUCUUUUUGUGUAUAAAGAAAUUAUUAUUCAUUCAGAUUUCAGAAGAAACACUUCCCAUAAAUCUAACCCCUCAAAACCCACCCACCCCCACAUGAGUAGUAGUGAAGAGAUGUCUGAAGAUGAGGAGCGUCCACCUUGUCCUUCAGAUCUCUCCGGCGGCGCAGCAAAAUCCCGCAACUGUUGCGCCGUCACCGAUGGCUCCGUCGCCGGCGGCGGAGGAGGAGGGAUUUUUCACUUUUCACCACACCCAGAUCAAGUUCUUGAAAAUGUGCUAGAAAACGUUCUCUGUUUCCUCACUGAUCGCCGUGACCGUAACGCAGCAUCCCUCGUCAGCAAAUCUUGGUAUCGGGCCGAGGCCCUAACCAGAUCCGAAGUCUAUAUCGGCAACUGUUAUGCUGUUUCGCCGGGCCGAGUUACGGCCCGUUUCAAAAGGGUGACCUCUGUGGCCAUUAAAGGGAAACCUAGGUUUGCUGAUUUCAGUUUGCUUCCUCCAGAUUGGGGGGCCCACUUUGCUCCUUGGGCUUCUGUUUUGGGUGAAGCUUAUCGCGGGCUUGAGAAGCUGUACCUGAAACGCAUGUCCAUAACUGAUGAUGAUCUGUCUUUGUUGGCCCGUUGUUUCCCCCAUUUCAAAGAGCUUGUUCUUGUCUGUUGUGAUGGUUUUGGGACUAGUGGUCUUGCUAUUAUAGCCCGUGAUUGCAGGCAAAUUAGAGUUCUUGAUCUGAUAGAGUCUGAGGUGUCGGACGAUGAAGUGGACUGGAUUUCCUUCUUCCCUGAGAACAAGACGUGUUUGGAGUCUUUGACCUUUGAUUGUGUUGAAUGCCCUAUUGAUUUUGAGGCAUUGGAGAGGCUAGUUAUCAGGUCGCCUAGUUUGAAGAGGCUGAGGUUGAAUCGGUUUGUUUCUAUUACGCAGCUGUAUCGGUUGAUGAUUCGAGCUCCACAGCUUACCAAUUUGGGAACAGGUUCAUUUGGCCCCUCGCUACUCAUUGAUGAACAGGACCCUGAUUAUGCAUCUGCUUUUUCUGCCUGCAAAUCCAUUGUCUGCCUCUCGGGUUUCAGGGAAAUUGCUCCUGAAUAUCUGCCUGCAAUUUAUCCAGUUUGUUGCAACCUGACCUCUCUUAAUUUCAGCUAUGCUGCCAACAUUAAUACUGAACAAUUCAAAUCAGUCAUCAGCCGCUGCCAUAAGCUCCAAGUAUUGUGGGUAUUUGAUUCUGUAUGUGAUGAAGGACUCCAGGCAGUUGCUGCGACAUGUAAGGAUCUGCGGGAGAUUCGGGUUUUCCCUAUCGAAGCUCGGGAAGAUGCAGACGCCCCUGUUUCUGAAGUAGGUCUUCUUGCAAUUUCUGAGGGUUGCAGGAAACUUCAGUCCAUCUUAUAUUUCUGCCAACGAAUGACAAAUGCAGCUGUUAUAGCUAUGUCAAAGAACUGCCCGGACCUUGUUGUAUUCCGACUAUGCAUUAUGGGUCGACACUUGCCUGACCAUGUUACGGGCGAACCAAUGGAUGAAGGCUUUGGUGCUAUUGUCAAGAACUGUAAGAAGCUUACUAGACUCGCUGUAUCUGGUCUAUUGACUGACAAGGCUUUUAGUUAUAUUGGACAAUAUGGAAAAUUGGUCCGAACCUUGUCUGUUGCUUUUGCUGGGAAUAGCGACUUGGCUCUGAAGUAUGUGCUUGAGGGCUGCCCUAAGUUGCAGAAGCUAGAGAUCAGGGAUUGCCCGUUUGGAGAUUUGGCUUUGCGUUCUGGCUUACACCACUAUCACAACAUGAGGUUCCUUUGGUUGUCAUCUUGUAGAGCAACUCUACAAGGUUGUCAGGAGAUUGCUCGACAAAUGCCCCGCCUAGUAGUGGAAGUGAUUGGUUGGGAAGAUGAGGAAGAGAGUGAGAAUGGUGAGUACGUCAAUACAUUGUACAUGUACCGGUCUCUUGAUGGGCCAAGGGCUGAUGCACCACCAUUUGUGCAAAUACUAUGACGUUUUUAGAAGGAAGAUCGGAAUUUUAUGCAGUAAUUGAUUGGGGCCUUUAAGAAAUGAUUUAACUAUUUUCUUGGGAAGAGAUGCUCUCCGGAAGUCUGCUGCAACCCAUAAGAAGGUGCAAGUCUCCUUCUUGAGCAAACAAAUGGUGCACCACUUGCAAAGGAGGUGAGCAAUCUAUACUAUAUUCACUGCUGGUCUACAUGGAGUUCAAUGUAUAUGGUUCAGUACAGAGAUUGGUUUUUCCAGCGCAGCGAUCGUGAAGACAAAUGUUGUACCAGUAAUCUUUUCUUUUCAUUUUCUUUUACUUCAUAUUCAUGGGGCCUUUCAAUUUAGCAAGUGGAGAUGUUCCAAAUCGUGUGCUGGCAGGAUCACAUUGCAGCUCAAUGAGACUUCUAAAUAGCUCGUUGGAGAAUGGGGGGAUUCAGAAUCGACACACAUGGAAUACAACUGCAUGCUCGAGUUAUUGGAUCAUCAAGUAGUAUCUUUUCAUACAACUGGGCCUCUACUUUAUUUUUGUUUCAUUGUUAGUUUAGACUUGAAGCUUUUUUAGUUGGUGAUAGCCUAAUGCUCAGGAAGGAUACAGCAGUUGGAUCUCUCCAUCUCGCUUUCUAGAAAUAUUUGUUCUUUCCAGAUUGUGUUGUUCUUAGCACCUGACUGUUGAAUUUAUUAUUGUUAUUGUUAGAAGAAAUGGUGAGAGAUGGGUAAUAAAUGCCAAAUAUGCAUGGACCAGAUGCUAGUGUGA